AUCACAGAAAUGGAUGCCAAGGAAGUGAUUCUUAUAACUGGUGGCGCCGGAUUUCUCGGUCAACAUUUGAUCAAAACCCUGCAGGAACGUGACCCAAAGGUGCGCGAGAUUCGUGUCGUCGAUUUGAAGCCAUACGAGAAUAUACUCGGCCACAUCGACAUCCACAAGGUCGUCUCGUACGUGGGUGACAUUUGCGAACCGUCCAAGAUUGAGUCCGCAUUCGAAGGUGUCGACUGCGUGUUUCACAUGGCGGCGUACAUCAACUUUGACUUCCCGCCCAACCAUCAGGAGUUGCAGCGGGUUAACGUCGACGGUACGCGGGUGGUGAUUGACCUGUGCCGGAAGUACAGCGUGCCGAGAUUGGUGUUUACCAGCGAUUGUCUGAUCCACAUGACACCGUACAUGGGCAGGGCUAAUUUUACGAUUGUUUGCAAUCAGACCGAACCGAAGACGAAAGUACCGGCCAAGGAGAGCGAGUUUCAAAUUCCCGGCUAUGCACCGUCCAAGCUGAAGGCGGAAAAUUUGGUGCUCGGGGUGAACGAUACACCGCUGGAAAAUGGAGGCAAGCUGAAAACGAUUGCCAUUCGACCACCGGUGACGUUCGGUGAAGGUGACCAGCGGUUCAUCCCCUCAAUCAUCAAAGUUGCGCUGCGAUUCAACGGAGAAAUUCCGAAAAUUGCCGGCCCCGGCGGAAAGCAACAGCUGGUGUACGCAGGCAAUGUCGCCUGGGCUCACGUGCGCGCCAAGGAGGCCCUCCUGACCAAACCGAAGGAAAUCUCUGGCCACCCGGUGUUCGUUACGGAUGAAUCGGGCAUCGAGGACACCACACGCUUCUGUCAGCGCUUAUCCCGAGCUAAUGAAACGCUUAAGCUCCGACCGUCCUGGUACCAGAUACCGCUGUUUCUGUCCUUUUUCCUGGCGUUCAUGCUGGAGCUGCUGAUUAAAGCACUUAAUCCGAUUGUGAAAAUUAAACUGAGCUUCCCCCCGUGCGGACUGCUCUCGUACAUGUCAUCGAUUUUGCUCUACAAUCGGAUUCGGGCGUCUAUCUAUCUGGAUUAUGAGCCUAUCUUCAGCGAGGAGAAGGCCGUGUCCAAUUCGGCCCUCUGGUACGAGAAGUGGUACCACGAUUACUGUCAGGAGCGUAAUCUGAAGAAGCUGAAACUCAAAUGAGAUUCCCCUGAGGGAGGGGGGGAUCACGGACUCGGUCCGAUAAUUGAAAUUUGUUUUCUCUAUUUUUAGCUAUGGGAACGUCAGCAAAUUUCGGGAUGAUUGUCCUUUUCGG